CAAAGUUUCCAACAUGGCUCAGGUGCGGGUAGGAUGCAGUUGAUCUCUAUUUCGAAAGACUUGUUUGACGUUUGGCAGCGGACGAUUCUAGCCAAGGUAAAGUCAUUCGUUUACCACAUGCAUACUUUUCACUUGAUUCAUGUCAUUAGUAGAGAAGGACUUGUCUUAACCCUAGUAGCUUAGCGCUUCGGUCAGCACUUCCUGUUUGUUUAAUAGAUGCUCGUAUUUUACGAAUUGGAGCUCAUAAUUAAUCUUGAUAUCACUAUCGGUAGUUUUGUUAUGUUAAUUGAUUCAUUUAUUUGUUAUUAUUUCGACGAAUUUGGCUGGAUUCGCUCGGCUACGAGGUAUGAAAUAUGCGUUUUAAGAAACAAAUGGUUGAAAUUCGUGGACAUGGGUUGAUGUCAGAUUUUAGAGUCUGUUUUGAAAGAUCUUGACAUUAUUGACAGACGCUUGCACAAUGUGAUAAUGAACAGUAGUCUGUCAGUAGUCUACGUCUAAGCGUAUGAAAUUCGUCUGCGCAGUUAACGUGCAGUCGCGAGCGGUACUGUAGUGCUUCGAUCAGCACCUUCUGCAUGUUUGUUGAAGACAUCUCUGUAUUUGCCAACCAAUUGCUUAUUUGAAAUAGUGGCCUAAUUCAUUUGGGCCUCCAAAUUGGAAAGGUGUUUUCAAAUAGUACAAAGUCAAUUUUCUAGUUUACUCCUGGCUUGUUGAGAAUUUAAUUUGAUACAUUCCUUCAUUUUGAGCCUAAGGAACAACUGAUACAUGUCCCUCUACCCCCUCUUAAAAGCCCCAGUCCAAGUUGUCAAGUCUUUCACAUGGAGCGUGAGACCUCAUGCAAACAAUUUUAAUUUAUGUUCUCAAGCUGAAACUAUUGUUUCUUAUAGCAAACUGCUGCUUUUGUAAACCCUUUAGCUCCCAAGAUCUGAGUUUCGAUUCUCCCUUCCAGCUGCUACACAUUUCUUUGCUAAUAAGUUACAAGAAUUUGUUGUUAGAUCGAGAUAACAACUUUGACCUGAUAAGUAUGACUAUUCUCAUGACCUGUUUUAUAUUAUAGGGAGGAGCUACUCAUUUAUCACUUUUGGGAAUUUUAUUUAUUAUCCUUUUAAGUAUAAUUUACUCCUUGUUCCCUUCAAACUUGCUUAAAAGUCUUUCCAGCAGUGGAAAUGUUUGCUUAUACUAAUGUUGCCAUAGCAACUUCAUAUUUGUUUUCACAAUUUUGGGGGGGGGGGAGUAUGCCCCCAUUCUCCCUAAGGAUGGUGAUACCUGUUGCAUCCCAUUUGAAGGCUAAUAUGCGGGUGAUAAUCUCAGUCUUGAAGGUAGCAAAGGGAGGUUGUGUAGUGUGAGUGUUGUGGAAUUGUGUGGGUUCCCCCUACUCCAUUUGACUUUUAACCUUUAGCACCCUAAGACAUUGGUAUUCAUAUUCUCCACACUGUUCUCUUUACAUUUCCUAUGGAACAGACAAGGAGAAUUUGUCAAAGAAGUAUAUUUGAUUGUGAAGUAAAUGGAAGAGUCAGUUUAGAACAUUACAGCUACAAAUGCAACAAUUAUUUAAUUAGUGUUUUAAUUGAUGAAAAUCUUUCUUGGAAAAACCAUGUUGACUGUGUUAUCACCAAAAUGAGUAGGAACAUACAAAUGAUUGCUAAGUUGAUAUGCGUUAUUACAUCUUCUGUUGUCAUUAAUAUCUGUAAAUCCUUAUUUUUAACUAAUAUAUCUAUAUUAGACUCGCUGCUUGGAGCAAUACAUCUAAAACAUAUAUUAAGUAAACAAAUUUGUUGUUCUCCAAAAGUGCAUAUUGUGUUUAAUUUGCUCUGCUGAUAGAAAAGAACAUGCUAUCCCCUUAUUUAUAAAUGCAAAAAUUCUACCUAUUACCAUCUAAUAUUAUGAAGCUGUAUAUAAAUUAAUGCUGAAUAUUGAUAACAACAGAGCUUAUUAGUGCACUUUCUAACAUCAUAAAUUUUUUAUGGGAACAUUAAACAAUUAUACCCAUUUACUACCACUGUUCAUCAAUGUCACAAGUGCUUCAGGUUUCAAAAUCUGGAAUGAGAUGCUAAAUAUCAAUAGAAAGUUUUGUUGAAGAAAUCCUUCAAAAAAGAAACAAGAAAGGUUUCUCAAUAUUCUAGAGACUGAAGAUUCUUGUUUCAAGCCUGAUGAAAUAAUGUGUUAUAUAAAUUCAAACAGUGCAAAAUUGAAAUAAAUUGUACCUGCAGUUGAAACAAUAUUUUAAAGUGCACUUAGAUACUCAAGGACUUUUUUAUCUUUUACAAUGAAUGUCUUUCAUUUUCCAUUUUCUUUUCUUGUGUAUCUUUUAAUGUUUUUUUUAAAUGUAUUAUUGUCAUAUUAAUUUUACUGUCAACAAAAUCUGCUCAAAAUUUUCAAAAUUUUAAUUUUUAGAGAAAUUAGUUUUAACUACUUAAAUGGUUUAUUUACAAAAAAAAUCUUAAAAAGAAGGUGAGAUACAGCUGAAAGGAUGUUUUAGUAUAAGCCCGUAUGAAGAGUGAAAGAUGUCAUCAUGGGAAAUGCCUCAGACAGAGUGUUGACGUUUUCUGCAGGCUUUCAUCCAGGAUCCCAAUUUGCAUAUGUUGUUUUCAUCACAUCUUGCACUGCACAUUCACUGGGAAUCUCUGGCCCAUUUUGCAAAACAUUGAGUAAUGAGAGCCUUAAAGAGUUCACUAAUAAGAGGGAGAGAGCUCAAGCCAAAGAAAUUGAAGUUAAGUUGUUCAUUUUCCAGAGCUUGCUUGGUGACUUUUGGAUUAUGUUUAACUCAUGUUCCUGUUUCAUGAAAUGACCUUUCCAGCAAAUUUCAUUGGAGUUCUUUGUCAGUUAAGGCUUAAUUGCCACUGGAUUCCACAUUGUGUCUCAUUGUUCAUUCAUUUGACACUUGCUUUCUAAAAGGAGAUGGGAAACUGUAAAUUUCUUUGGUGGCCAAAAACUAGAAGUUUGUUAUUAUACAAGUUACCUGUACAUUAAUAGGAUAUGUAGAUUUGUUGGACUUUUGUGAAAAUUGGCUUGUAUGUCCAUUGGUAAUUAUCACACAAAAGUACAUGAAGUUUCAAAGAAAUUCUAAAUAUUUCUCUCAUAAUUCAUUGGAGUUUGAAAACAACAGAAAUAUUUUCUAUUGUCCAACUUCGCAAUGUAUUUUCUCAGGAAACAAUAAGAAUCUCAAAAUUGCCUGACACACUUUGUUAGCCUAUUAUCUGCUGAGUGAUACUGUACAGUUUGUUUCAAGGUCUGGGGUAACACAGAGGCUGGUAAUUCAGUGAUUGAGAAGCAAACACUAUCAAUGUUGCAUUUAAAUGCUUACAUGCACAUACCAAAACAAAAACUAUGAAAAAUGUUAUUUCCAUAAUCUGUACUUUAUAAGCUUUACUGUGAUGUAUUUUUUUCUGUUGUAAUCUGAUCACAUCUUUAUCGUCAAAUAAACAGAUAUCAAAUAUUGUGCAUGUAAGUUUUCCCUGUACCUUUUCACUUCAUCUUUGAUUAAACUAGCCAUGAUCUACUGAAGAUCUCUGUUAAUAACAGUUUCCUUAAUUAGUAAUAGCACAAGUAGGAAGAUUUUUCCAGAAGACAGCCUAUUUUGUUGACAGCAAUCUUAAGUAAAAAUUUGACCAGCCAGGAUUUGCAUCUGCUAUCUGCAAGUUGAAAGAAUAUUUUGUAUAUUGAAUAUGAGAAAAUAGAUAAAGUGUGACAUGAGAAUCAGGAACUUUUUAAAUUUUUGAUGAUCUCCUUUAUUCUUGUGACCCAUACAUUUGAUUCAAGGUUGAUACUGUAAGGAGAAAUUAGAAGCCAAUCACAGCUCUUAGAGGUUAAAGGGUUAAAAUGGAAGAUGCAGCAAACUUAUUUUAUUGAUCUGUUGCAUGAUAUUUAACUCAUUGUUUGAGUGCUGUAAUAUUCUGGUGUUGCAAAGUUAGAAUAAAGUAAUAAUUUUUGUGUGUGCUCUAUAAAUGUCGCCUUCCAUGUAUUAAUUACGAGCAUUUCUUUACAGAGGACUUGAUUUCAUGGCUUCUGCCACCCCAUCACAACCUUCUACCAAGGAGACCUCUAAUUAUGCCCAGCUCUGUCGCCUUCUUGUUGAAGUUGGAUCACUUAUGCUAAGGGAGAUCUUUGACCGGGUAUGUCCACCAGAAAACCUUCAUGCAGUUCUGACUAAUCCCACAAACCAUGCCAAACUACAAACAUUGCGAAAGAAGAGAGUCCUGAGUACCUUCCAGUGGGGGAAACUGUAUCCUGUCUCCAAAACAUCAGUUUCCUCAGGGAACUUUGACACCUCCUUACUGCUAUUUCUUCUGAGGAAUAUCUUUGGUCUGAAUUUCCCUGCCUCUGGCCGGAAUAACCUUCCUCCAGGAUCAGACACCUCUCCAGAAGCUGACAUCACUCGCAUCAAGUUUUUCAGGGACAGAGUUUUCAGAUAUGCUGCUAAUGCUUCAGUUGAUGAUCCAACCUUCAGUUUGUACUGGAACAACAUCAAAGACACUUUUCUGCGUAUUGGAGGGACCUGCUAUGAGGAAGUCAUAGAUGAUCCUACACUCCACUGUAUGGAUGCUGAUCUUGAAGAACACUACCAAGAGCUUCUGAGAGAGUGGUUGAAAGAUGAUGACCAUAUCACAGACAAAGUGCAUGGAGACAAAAUUGUGAAAAAGGCCAGGAAGGGAGGGGACAUGGAGGAUUCCCUUGACAUUUCUGAACAAAAUUCAUGGGAGAGAGGUGUGUGUUAUUCUUUUUUCAAACCUGAGUUUUAAAUUAACUUAAAUUUGCUGAGUCAGUAAUGAAGUCAUACUGGAUUGUUAGAUGAAAUGAAUUUCCAGCAGAUUUUUUUUAAAAGUCACAAUUAUGCAUUAUUGAAGUUGUGAAUCUUUAUUACCUUAAGCUAAGUCAACUGUUACAUCCAUAAUUUGCUUUUGUCUUCAUCUUUUUUAUCUUUUGAUUUUUAUUUCAGUAAUUGAAGUAACUUUCACAUACAAAAACUACAACCUUCUUUUUCAGAGACAGUAUUAAUGCCAGGGGAAAAUACAUCACCAGAGAAUGGCAAUGGCAGCCCACCAGAGCUCAGUGUGAAACUUCCAAAGUUGUGUGAUCUUCCAGCAAUCUCUUCUUCUUGGGAAACUGUUGAACUUCCUGUUGAUAUUGUUUUAUUAGCAGUGGAGGACUGUGAGUUCUUAAGUUGUUUUGCCUACCUAAAGGAACCCUUUAAGAGUUACCACAUCAGCACUGGCCCUGUGUACUUUGGGUGCAUGGGUGAUGAUCAAGGAAAGAAAAUGAAAAUUGCAUUGAUGAGGUGCUCCAAAGGUCCUGAUGUUCCUCAGGGUUCUUUGUCAGUUUCAAAAGAUGCCAUCUCAGUACUGAGACCCAAGGCUAUCUUUUCUGUUGGUGCCUGCAGUGGUUUGAAUAGCAAAAAGGUCAAGUUAGGAGAUGUGGUUGUUUCAGCAAAGCUGAUAACAGCUGUAUACAAAACUCCCCCCAGCAGAGAUAUUGGUAACCUGAUCAAACAUGUGGCUGAUGGGUGGAAGGCACCUUUACAAAAUGCUGAUGAAUAUAAUGCCAAAGUGCACUGUGAUGGAGUGGUUCUGAGUAUCUCAGAGGCAAACAGAGAUAUGAUUAGGAAACAUCCUGAAGCAAUUGCAGUUGAAAUAGAAGGUGGAGGUGAGAAUCAUAAUAAUUCAAAUAAUUGA